AUGGGUGACUGGAGCUUUCUGGGUAAUAUUUUAGAGGAAGUUAACGAGCACUCUACGGUGAUCGGCCGGGUGUGGCUCACGGUGCUCUUCAUCUUCCGUAUCCUCAUCCUGGGCACGGCAGCAGAGUUUGUGUGGGGCGAUGAGCAGUCCGACUAUGUCUGCAACACGCAGCAGCCCGGAUGUGAGAAUGUGUGCUACGACGAGGCCUUCCCCAUCUCCCACAUCCGCCUGUGGGUGCUGCAGAUCAUCUUUGUGUCCACGCCGUCUCUGGUGUACGUGGGCCACGCCGUGCACCACGUCCACAUGGAGGAGAAACGCAAGGAGCGCGAGGAGGCCGAGCUCAGCCGGCAACAGGAGCUGAGCGAGGAGCGUCUCCCUCUGGCGCCCGACCAGGGAAGCGUCCGCACCACUAAGGAGACCAGCACAAAGGGAAGCAAGAAGUUCCGGCUGGAGGGCACGCUGCUGAGGACCUACAUCUGCCACAUCAUCUUCAAGACACUGUUCGAGGUGGGCUUCGUUGUGGGCCAGUACUUCCUGUAUGGCUUUCGCAUCCUGCCGCUGUACAAGUGCAGCCGCUGGCCCUGCCCCAACACGGUGGACUGCUUUGUGUCUCGCCCCACGGAGAAGACUGUCUUCAUCAUCUUCAUGUUGGCUGUGGCCUGUGUCUCGCUCUUCCUCAACUUUGUGGAGAUCAGUCACCUGGGCCUGAAGAAGAUUCGCUUUGUCUUUCGCAAGCCGGCCCCCGCCCCAGCCCAGGGCGAGGGCCCGGCCCCUCUGCCGCUACAAGCGAAGAGCCUGCCCUCGCUGGCUGUGCCCUCCCUGCAGAGAGCGAAAGGUUACAAGCUGCUGGAGGAGGAGAAAGCUCCCCCCAUUACACACCUCUAUCCGCUGGCUGAGGUGGGCAUGGAGGCUGGCAGAGGGGCCCCACCCUUCCAGGGGCUGGAGGAGAAGGCGGAGGAGGUGCUGCCCUUGGAGGACAUCUCUAAGGUGUAUGACGAGACUCUGCCCUCCUACGCCCAGACCACUGAGACAGGGGGGGUGACAUUACACGAGGAGGAGCCCGAGGAGGUGCAGCCGGCAGAGGCAGAUGCAGAGGCAGAAGCGGAGAAGGUGGAGGCGCCUGCGGAUGAGGAUGUGGAGGUAGAGGAGGCAGUGAACGGGGAGGGGGUAACUCCGGCGGAGGCAGGGAUGGAGGCCGCGGAUACGAUAGAAGACACCAGACCGCUGAGCCGACUGAGCAAAGCCAGCAGCAGGGCCAGGUCAGACGAUCUCACCGUAUGAACCUGUGAGAGAGCGCACAUGUACACCUGCACACACCAGACGUUCAACACAUAGAGAGAGAGAGCACACACACACCUAA